AUGACAUCCCAUGACAUUCUGGCUGAAAUGGCUGCAGCAAUUUCAGGAUCACAGCGGCUUUAUUUAUCUCCUUAUCUCUUGGAAGUGUUUCUAGCCAUGACGCUUGCACUGCAGACCACGCAAUUCGAGGCCAAGCUGAAGAAGGCCAUGGAGCAGGUGAAACUCAUCUUGGACUCCGAAAAAUGCGCGCAACUGCCCUCAGCGGAGCAUCAUAGCUACGACGACAAGUUCAGCUUAGUUGAACGCUUCACUCAUUUGACAUUGGCAUCGCAAGUGAACUCUUUAGGCUUCUUGGGCCUUGACAAGGAGAAGCUGAGACAAGCGAAGACCUGGGCAGAAACUUCGCAGGUGUCCAUUCGCUUCAGGGCUGAAGAAAGAUGUAGCUUCCUGCGCGAGGUGCAUCUCGCUACAUCUCUUAGAUCCCUGGCAGCCCAGAAGACGCGGCAAGUGGAAGAUCCCACCAAGCACGUGAGCGAGAUUUCCAUGGGCGGCGUGUCUUUAGGCCUCACCAGCAAGACUGUGACGAAAGUCACCGAGUUCUUCUGGAAGUUUGAGGUGGCUUAUCAGCUUGAAGUGUUCCGUGGCGUGGGCUCCGAAUCAUCUGACCGCAUGGUGCUACAGAGCAACAACUGCAACACAGAGUUGAAGACAACUAGCAAGGUCACUCCCCAGCCGGAGGUGAAGGUGCCCUCCACCCUGCAGGAAGCAAACAUCACCUUCCUCUUGAGACAUACCGACCUUGGCGACCUUUCCACUCCGGUCUUCAAGGUGGACCGUGUGUCCAAGACGACCAAGACGCCACGGCGCAAUGCAGAAGUGGAUGCGGCCAUGGCAUAUGUUGGUGGCCUUGGGAGAUUUAUGAGAAACACAGUCAGAUAUUUGAACGACCUUGCUGCUCGUGACGGGGAGCCAAGCACUGCCAACCUCUCAACGGAAGCUGUCCUGGUUCCCGCCUUACCUCUCUUCGUCUCCGGAACUUCAACGAGCGCCCCUGCAGUCACUGACGGGACAGCGACCUUGGCGCUCGUGGAUGUGGGCCAGGAAGAAUCCGGCUGCCCAGUGAUUUCAGCUGUCGAUAGCAAUCGCUUGUUGGCUGAAGAGAUGCGCAACCUUCAAGCCAAGCAGCAGGACCUCGCACAGGAACUGGGCAGCCGCAGUGGUGUUUUCGCACUGCCCGAAGCGGUUCUGGUGGUGCUGCUUCAGCAUGGUAUUGAUGUGACACAGCAGUGGGCCGAAAGCAUGAACUACGUGGAGGCCAUGCUGCGACAGCAGCUGGUGGCAGCCAUUGGAAAGGAGGUCACCGUGGCGGACUUCGCGGCCUACAUGCGCUUUCACUACCGGAAGGUCUUCCAGGACGCCUAUCUGCCAGCGCCCUUCAGUUUCGCAGUGCGACGCUCGGAACUCCAUUCGCCGGAAGGCACCCUGAGCAUCGAAGAAGAGGCGACAGGUGGCUCCACACCCAGCCAACCCGUCUGCAGCAUGUCCUCCGUUGGACACGCGCAGAGUGUGACUUUCGACCUCAAUGCCUCCACCACGGUGUCCUUUAGUGGCGAUGUUCAUCUCCAUGCUUGGCUAGCGCAUCAGUUCUCAGGUCAAAGCGGAUCCAGUCUGGCUUUGGUGUCACGCGCGCGGCAAUUUAGCAGCUACAUCGUCAUGGUGGGUCGCAUCGUUUCAGCGACACAGUUCGAUCCCACCUAUGCCAUCCUGGUGCAGAACAAGGAUGAGCUUGGGAUUCCUUUGGACUUGUCCACCAUCCCUACAUCCAAAGAGUUUAAAGACGCCAUCGAGUCCCUCUCCCCAGAGCAGCAGGCCUUUGCCAAGGCCUUCCGGGCCAUGCAGCUGGAAAGCACGCUCUUCGGUGUCGUGGUGGUGCAGGUGAAACCUCAACUGGAAGAGUUGCUGAAGCUGCCGGAAGAUAGCCUGACCAAGGAGAUCAAGCUGACGCAGGACUUGAUGCAGUUGUUCAUCAAAUACCAGAUUCCCAGCGAUCUGCUGUCCUUCUCGGAGGAUCUGCUGCAACCCGGCGAGGCAGCGACGGCGGCGAAGAAGUUGGAGAUCGUCAAGGGACAAGUGGCGCAGAUGAAUGGAAUGAUCGCACGUGAAAAGCAAGAGGAACUGGAAGAGCGGCGGAAAGAAGAAGAGUUCAAGCGCAUGGAGCAGAUCCGUCGUAUGGAAGAAGAACGCUGCAGAAAGGAAGCGGAAGAGGUGAAGAUUAUGCAGCUGGAAGAGAGGUGCAUGAUGCUGUCCGAUCAGGCGGUGUGCCUCCAAAGCGCACCCAAGAGGUCCGGUGGCAUGAUGGGUGGCAUGAUGCGUGGCAUGGCCAGCGCCUUCGGCGGUGCUUCCGCGGAGCGCUGCGCAGCAUCGCCGGCGCCGGGAGGGGCGAUGCCGCGCAGCGCGCCAAUGCCCAGUGUGGCGGCGACCGCGGCACCUCCCGUGGCUACCACCCCAACCAUUGGAAAGGGCCGCGGCAAGGGUGGCGCCCCCAACGCCUGUCCGAAGCCGACCGUCCCGUCCAGCGCCACAGCGCCAGCAGCCAUGGCACCGGUGGCACCGGUUGGGCGUGGCAUGGAAGAUACGGAGGAAAUGUCCACUGCCAGGGACUAUACUCAGGUGCCCAAGCAGAUGGAUGAGCAGUUCGAAAAACUGGAUCCCACCAGUUCUUUGAGGCCCACCAUCAUCAGCUGUGGCAAGUCAUGGGCGAAGCGAUCCCAGCCGUCAUUGCUCAGCGCCAAGAAGACGGAGAAAUUGGAGACGGAUCAGCAGAAGAAGGAGAAAGAUGCCGCCUUCGAUCUCUUAGAUGCUAUCACCAAGUCGGGCGCGUUGCCUUUGAGCCACGCCACGCUGCACAUCGUGGUGGCGGCCACGCAUUGCUUCGACAAGACGGUGACGGAAACCGUGAUCCAGGAGAAUCUGAAUCCGAUUGAACGAGUGGAGUGUUCCAGUCUCAUCAUGGCUUCCACGGUCCACCAGCAGCCUGUGGCAGCAAUGAUCAAGGACUCCUGUCGAGCUCGCAUUAAGUUGGCUUCCCCGCAACUGAUGGAUGAUGUUUUGAAGGUGCAGGAUGAACAGCUGCGGCUUGAUCGACCAGUUCCCCCCCUGCAGUGGGGCUGUGCUGCGGAUUUGGAAGCCCCUUUCAUGUUUCAUUCCUUGAGCUAUGAGCCAUUGUACAGUCGUGCUCAGCGUCCUCCAGUGCUGGAAUGCCCACAUUUCACAUCCGGCCGCGCGCAGGGCUGGAAGGGCAUUUGGACGUCUAGCCGGCAUCUAGCCGGCAUCGAGCCCGAGUGCUGGCUUGGUGGGAAUGGCGCGGAUGCGGUGUUGGACGAAAAAGUGGGCCGCCAUUUAGGUUCCAUGGUUGGAGACCAAGGUAGUGCGAAACUCAUGGAAAAGAUCACGGAGGAUAUUGGUGCACAGGCCGAGCAAAAGGCUGCAGAGAAAGCGACCAAACCUCGCACCAACGAGGCGCGGCGUUGCCGGGAAGAAGGUGAAACCAUCUUCCGAAAUCAAAAAACCGGCGAAACAGCCACAGAGCUGCCAGAAAGCGCCAAAGAGGCAUGGCAGGCUGCCUCCCCCACCGUGCCAGCUGGUGCAAUCCCGCCCUGGGCCAAGGUAGGGCCGAAGCCAUCGGCUCCCCCAGCAGAUUACGGAGCUGUGGAAUUGGGAGCGAAGGAUGAAGGCUCUAACGGCAUUGCGACAGAGGAAGACCGCGCGAAGCAGAGAGGAAAGCCGUCGUGGAAAGAUCUUCCGCCCUUGAUGUUUCCAUGGUUCCUCUUUGGCAUGGUGCUGAUCUCCACCUCCCUAGUGCAAGGCCAGGCGCUGUGCUUUCUCUCCGUCAGCGCCUCGUUGCUGCUGUCCUGUGGCUUCCUCUUGUAUUCUCGGGCUCCACCGUGGAAAGUCUUGGCCUUCGUUUGCCUUGGAAUUACCUUAGUUGGUUGGGCCAUGGGGCUCUACGAUGAGGCCAAGUACCUCUACCCCUUCCAUUUCUACGAUCGCAGCCCAAGUUAUUUGAGCGUCGAUCCCAACUCCAAACCGGGCUCGGUGGCAGAUGCAGGUUUCCUGCAGUUUCAGGAUGGCACACAUGUGGACAGCACCAGAGGAGUUGGCUUUGUCUCUGGCUCUUUGUGGUGUGCUGCACCCGUGGUGAUGAAUGAGACUGUGACUUCAGCUGCUUACUGGGCCGUGGGCAAGGACUGCUGCCGAGAACGGGCUUGGUUCAACUGCGGCAAUGCCAUGAAUCAUAGUGUGCGCAGUGGGGUCGUGAUUCGCGAUGCAAGUCCCAUGUUGAAAGGUGAGCUGCCUCAGUACGAGCAGGCGGCCCGGAUGGCCGCGGAGACCUAUGGCAUCAACGUCCCGGAAAAUCCGGUCUUCAUCCGUUGGAACGACACGCCGGAGGCGAAUCGGAUGUGGUAUUGGAACAAUGCGGUGAGUUUCGUGGUGUAUUCGCUGCUGGUCUUUUCGUUGUUGGCGCCCAUCUUUCUCAGCUUGCUGAUUUGCACCGGUGCCUCGCUCUUCGGCAUGGAGGCGAGCGCUCAGUUUCAUCCAGAGAAGCUGGAUCUCAUCAGUUUCAGCUUCGAUUGGACGCCCCGGGCGUACCCUGGAUACUUGCGGCAGGACCUGCUGAACAGCCGAAGCUUCUGGACCGGAGAAGUCAUCAAAGACUACAUCUUUCAUGUCCGGUGUUGCGGUGCUCGGGGUCGAGUUGUGAAGCAGGCAAAAGUGUAUGGCCGACCGACCCUGGAAGAUUUUUCGGAUGAUGGACAUCCGGGCAGCCACGAAAACUUCGUGCAGCUUCCGGCCUCCUUCGAGGUGGAUGACACGGCAGCGCUGCACGAGCCGCCGGUGAUCAGCGCGCCGCUCUGGUUCUUGCAAUGCCCCGAGGAGCGGACCUUGCAGCGUGUAUCAAAGGUCAUGCUGUCGAUCUACGUCAACGGCAUGCGCAUUCGCUACCUGCAGGACGACCGCCCCGAACGGUCCCUGGCCUGGUCACCCUUCGCGGUGGUACAGGCGUGUCGCUUUUUUCGGACCGAGACGGACGAUGACUUGUCGCAGCUGCGGCUGUUCAAAGUGGCAGAUUUCCACCACGGCGUUUCGUGCCUCUUUGCGGUGUCCUCCUCCAAUAAGGAGGAGGCCUUGAGGCAACGUGCCAAGUGGGUGGCGGCAACGGCCUGCGCCAUACGCUUGUUGACCUUGUCCAUUUUUCCGGCCUUCAAAAUCGUCACCCGCCCCACGGUCAAUGCACCGGAUUGGACUUCGACGCGGCUGCUGGCUGGUCACUUGUUACUCUUUGACAAGAAAGGUGUCACGCCCUGCUUCGCCGAGCUACAUGCGCCGCUGGCGGAGAAGACGGUGCUUCAGUGCUAUGAAGACGAGAGCUGCAAGGCGCUGCUGAUGCGGCUACGCAUCGAUGCGGUGACCACCGUCACGGAACGCAUGGGUGUGGACUGCAGUUGCUUCACUCUCAACGACCAUCACUUCGCGGCCCGAAGUGUGGCAGAGAAAGUGCUUUGGCUGCGUGCCAUCAGCAAUGUCAAGGUGAAGUUGCGACAUGCGAUGAUGCCAACCAGUGAGCUGGAACUGAGAUACUACCGCAUUGCCGUGGAUGAGCAGAUCUCCAAGUUGCCACAGACGAAGCUGCCCCUGGUGCUGCUGAAAGGCAUGCCGUUCCUUAAACGUCGCGCCCAAAGUUUUUGGCCGGUCUCUGACCCCGCCCUGCCGCUGUCCCCGGACUCGGGUGCCCCUUCCACCGGCCAUGGCGAAGUCGACGCUGAUGUGGCGAUCCCAACGGCCGAAAUCUCGAAGCGAAACGUCUUCGUGUGA